AUGUUGUCUUAUCGGUUUGUGAUCUCCACCGCUGUUCUGAUGGCUGGUGUCAACUGCCUAAAGAUGAUGAGCAUUGAGAAGGCCACGGUACCGUUACUCGCUGCAGAAGAGUUGGAUGAUAGCUCGGCUGAUCUGUGGCGGUCAGAAGGAGCGUUCGACGAUUGCGAUGGCGCAUUACCCUACGUCUACGAAAAGGAUGAGUACUUCGUACGAUUCUCCGAGCCAGUCGCUAAUGGAUACCUCACACUUGAGGAGUUGAGAUGCCCCAGCACUACUCAGUCUCCCAUUGGUUAUAUCUUCCCUGAUGGUCUCGAGUGGUUCCUCAUGGCAUCCACCAACUCUCACGAAGAGCAUGGCAAGGGAGGACUCUAUGUGAUAGAGCCCUGUAGAGUCUAUCAGAUCAAAAACAGAGCUACGUUCACGGGAUCCUUGAUAGCGCUCUUUAAAAGCACCAGUGGGAACAUGACAAAAUUGUCUCACGAAGGUGGUGCAUAUCUGUUCCCACACAUUGUUGAGGCCCUAUGCGAGAUGAUGGAAAAUCCUGUUGCGAACAACCGAGAGGUUUAUCUUUCGAAGGUCUUGGGUCGUGAGAAGAUGGAUGUCUUCAAGGUCGCGCACGACGGCUACUAUGCGGCUUUCAUUAUCAAGCAUGGACGUUUGAGGAUCAAGACUCUCUCCUGUCCCGGGACGGGCAAAUUUGAGGAAUUUGAGGAUGAUGCGACUCCUGCUCCUCCUAUUUCUGGAGUCCUUGAAGUUCGCCAAACGCUACAUAUAUCCCCUGGGCUCGCUGGCUUGGCCACUGCAUUCGACAAGCUCCCUAAGGAUAGUGAUGGUGUAACUCGAGAAGAGCUGCAGCGCCUCAGCCCCUCUACCCCCGCGGAAAUCAUGGAUGCGAUUUUCGGACUUUUUGAUAAUUUUCCUAAGGACGGCAAGAUAUCCUAUAACGAGCUUUGUGCCUAUCUCUUGUUGCACGCUGAAGGCGUUACUGAUGCUGAACGGUCUGAGUUCACAUUUUCGAUCUGUGAUGCAAAUGGAGACAAUGGAGUAUCGAAGGAAGAGCUUGCUGAGGUCGUGGGGACUCUGGCAUAUGCCAAAUCCAAGGAUUGGAACGUGGCCAAAGCUGUAUCUCUUCGCAUCGUGGAGGAUGCGUUCGCGAAGUCUGAUGAAGCUGAUCUCGACAUCCACGCUUUCACCGAGUGGAGUCGAGGACAGUCUGAGCAAGCCCAGGAAUUUCACUCCCUGGUUACGGGCACUAUUUGA